AUGUCCCUACCAGCUACUUUUGACUUGACUCCAGAAGAUGCCCAAUUAUUGUUGGCCGCUAACACCCACUUAGGUGCUAGAAAUGUCCAAGUUCAUCAAGAACCAUACGUUUUCCAAACUAGACCAGAUGGUGUUAACGUUAUUAACGUCGGUAAGACUUGGGAAAAAUUGGUCUUGGCUGCUAGAAUCAUUGCUGCCAUUCCAAAUGCUGAAGAUGUUGUUGCCAUCUCUUCCAGAACUUACGGUCAAAGAGCUGUCUUGAAGUUCUCUGCUCACACUGGUGCUACCGCCAUUGCUGGUAGAUUCACUCCAGGUUCUUUCACCAAUUAUAUCACCAGAUCUUUCAAGGAACCAAGAUUAGUCAUUGUUACCGAUCCAAGAUCCGAUGCUCAAGCUAUCAAGGAAGCUUCUUACGUUAACAUCCCAGUUAUUGCUUUAACUGAUUUGGAUUCCCCAUCUGAAUACGUUGAUGUUGCUAUCCCAUGUAACAACAGAGGUAAGCACUCCUUAGGUUUAAUCUGGUACUUAUUGGCCAGAGAAGUUUUAAGAUUAAGAGGUGCCUUAGCUGACAGAACUCAACCAUGGUCUAUCAUGCCAGAUUUGUACUUCUACAGAAACCCAGAAGAAAUUGAACAACAAACUGCUGAAGAAUCUGCUGCCGCUGAAGAAGGUGCCGAUGAAGAAGCUAAGGAAGAAGAAGUUGAAGAACAAGCUGAAGCCGCCGAAUGGGCUGAAGAAACCACUGAAGCUGUCUCCUGGUAA